CUUUGAUUUAUCAUAAUGCCUUCCAGAACAAUCGACACGCCAAAUGAGUGGUCCGACUCGGCGGAUAUCAUCUCACGGUUCUUAGCCUUACAGCAGAUUUACAGUGCCAAAGAACUAGACUCAUAUCUCCAGUCACUACAACACCUCAAAGAGCACGAAUCAGAUCCUGAGAUUCGAUCAACUGAUGUAGUAGUUCUUUGCGCAUCAGCGAUCCUGACUAUUCCUGAAGCCGUCUUUGAGUGGGCAUACCAGCAGCAGAGUCAAAACGAGGAACAACAGAGAAACACAGUACUGGUAUUAUGUGGAGGCAUCGGACCUUGUACAUCAUUCGUUUACGACGCUAUCAGAGCGAGCAAGAAAUACUGCAUGAUAUUUGACACGAUAAAAGGCAAGCCUGAAGGCGAGGUGUUGAAAGUCAUGGCGGAACGCUUCUAUAAACUCAAGAUCGACCAAAGUGGAGGUCAAGACAAAGGCUUUCGGAUUUUGGUGUCUGAUCGCUCGAACAACUGUGGAGCAGAUGCAUCAGAGGCACAAAAGGUUUUAGAAGAGAACGGCAUUCGAUCUCCAAGAUCUAUGGUUCUUGUGCAGGAUCCAGCUAUGAGCAGCCGGACAAUGUCUUCAUUUGAAAAAGUCUACGAGAGCGAUACGGUCCAGAUUACUUGCUGGCCACGCCUGAAACAAACAAGAGCGCGUCAAGAAGAAAAUCCCCGACCUGAGCAAGAUUCCCGAAGAGAACUCUGGUCAAUGAAUCGCUUUCUGGAUAGGAUCAUGGGAGAACACAGUGGAGUUAUCAAAGCCAAGUCACCAAUCGGCAUUCCAAAUGAGGUGGAAAAUGCGUGGUCUGCUAUAAUGGACGAAAGCGGCGCGAAAGUGUUUUCGUAG